GACGCAAUGAAUAAGAAAAUGUGUUUAUGUGCCAAAAAUGUUUAUUAAAAACCGAACCUAUUACAGAAUUUUAAUAAGUAUCAACGAAGCAUCGACAUGAGCGAAAAGAGAAUAACUCUCAGCAAUGAGGCCAUGGAAAAAAUUAUCGGAAAUAUGACGGCAGAAAUGCAAAACGUUGAUGGUCAAUAUGUUCCCUUAGGCUUCACACCACCUUCUUCAACAUCUGAGCCCUUAAACUGGAAUCAGCAAACAAAUUAUAUGAACAGAUAUUCUCCUGAAGUUGAGCAAUAUCCCCAGCAGCGGUAUAAUUUUAUACCUCAAGCUCAACACAUGUUUGAUGCUAAUGGAUACAAAAAAGAGUAUGACCUUUAUAAGUCUAUGCAAAAUGGCACUGCAGAUAUGGGACUCUUUGAGACUGAAUAUCCCUAUAUACCACAGAUGAUGAAUAAUAUUCCAGAACAUCCUUUGCUUCACUCUCAUCAUGAUGCCAUGCCACAUGUAUCAAAUCCUUCUCAAUUGAUAGAUUUAGUAGGUAACUGGAUGGUACCUAAUAACAGUGGUACCUACUCUCCCUUUGGUACUUCUGAAAAUUAUAAACCAAAUGUAUUUGAUUUACCAACUGAUCUCAACACCAGUACAAGUAUACAUUUGAAAGAUGAAACCAGAUAUAAGACUGCUGAUCAAAUGGAAGAUAUACAGUUUCAGUUUAACAGAGACUCAAGAAAACCAAGAAUGGUGGCUGAAGUAAAACCUAUGAGGCCAAGUUACUCAGAUGUUUUAACCAAAGCUGUACCACAGACUUUGAGUAAACCAUUAAAAUGUGAAACUAAAGAUAGUAAACCCAAAAAAGACAGUAAGAAGAACAACAAAAAUGAGAAGAACCAGAAAAUGAACAGUACAUUAGGAAGGGGCAGUACUAACAAUGAUAUGAAGGGUAAUAUAGAUCUUAAAGACGUUCCAAAUGAAAAAAAUCUGAAUCAAACUAAAAGUGACAAAAAGACUGCAAAGGGUGGUAAUUUUAACAGAAAGUGGGCCUCUCUAGAUAACAUUGCUGACUCUCAAAUAAAGGUAGAAGAAACUAAGAAGAAGAAAAACGACGAUUGUAAAGGUUCUGGUCAAAAGUUUUCGAAAAAAAUGAACAAAACCAUGAAUGAUGUUAAUAUAGAAUCAAGUAAUUCUAAAGCUGAAAAUUUUAAUUUGACCAAAAAUGGUCUGAAGAAAAUUAGUAAACCAAUAGCUCGACCAAAGGCUAAUGAUUCGUUUGGUAGCAGUGAUCGACCUCCGGGAAAAAGAAUACAGAGAUCUCGCAAGAAGGAAGCUCAUGUACCCUUUGGAGUAGUCGGACAGAAAUUGAAACAAUAUACCAAAGGCUGGUGGAAAAUCUUUACCGUGUUUUUAUUAUGGUUGUUUCAUUUGAUCUCGGAUAUAUGUCAGUUAAGUCUACAUAUUAGUCGUGAUAUGGCUUCUAUAACAUGGACAUGGAUCUGCCUCCAUUGGUCAAUGCUUCUAGAGUCAACUAACAACUUUCUACAAAGGAUACGAUUCUUCAAAUGGUUACGAGAUAAAUUUAAAGGUAGAAAGAAAGCAGAAACGAACGAUGAACCGCCACGCUUUACGCAAAACGGUCUUCAAAAUAAUAUAAAUAUGCCCACUACUGGGGAUGAAGCAAUGAAGAGAUUGUUAGCAUGUAAGGGAAAAGAUCCGUAUAGUAUACUUGGGGUAGCUCCCACUUGCACUGACGAUGAUAUCAAAAGAUAUUAUAAAAGACAAGCUUUUCUGGUUCAUCCUGACAAAAACAAUUUGCCUGGAGCAGAAGAAGCUUUUAAAAUAUUGGUUCAUGCAUUUGAUAUGAUAGGUGAACCUGAAAGGAGAGCAGCUUAUGACAGAGGUGUUGUUGAAUCGGCGCAAGUAGUACAAGCCUGGAGUGAGCUCACGGAACUUCUCCAGCAGCUACAACAGAAAGUAGAAGCGGCAGCUAAUACCAUUAGGUGUAGUUCUUGUGGUCUAAGGCACAAGAGGGUCAAAAUAGAUAGGCCUAGUUACGCUGCACGGAACUGUAACACUUGUAAGAUUCACCAUUCAGCACGCGAAGGUGAUAUAUGGGCCGAGGCCAAAGUAAUGGGCUUCCUUUGGCACUAUUAUGCCUGUAUGGAAGGAGCAGUAUAUGACAUUACCGAAUGGGCGGGAUGCCAAAAAGACAAUCUCAAACACCUACGUCCUGAUUCUCACCACGUACAGUAUAGGAUAGCACUAGGUAAACAAAAUCAGCCGAGAAGGCACACGCCGACGGCACCUACUGAUAGACCGGAUCUGGAAAAUCUCUUGAAUACUCUCUAUGGUCAAACUGAGGGCACUCAAAGUUCCCGACGUAGAAAUAAGAAAAGCAAGUGAAAUCGUUUUAUCUCCAAUAUAUUAGGAUAUUUUCUUUUUUUGCAAGAAAAUGCUAAUUACAUUAUAAAGCGCUUUAAGAAUAAUAAAAAAACUGUUUUAAAAACAA